CAGAGGAUUCUCAUCCGAGGGAGAGCGUUGGCAACUGUUUUUUGUAAUUGUUUUUGUUGGAAGGGGCCAAAAACGCAAUGGAGAACACCACCACCAACGUUAACAAUACAAGACCACAACCAACGACAAAGGCAGAGAGGAAAGAAGAAGAUCUUUUAACAUUGGAGUUUCUAUGGAACAGCUUGUUAACAUCAUCAUACGACCGCCCAGAGCUGAAUACAACCCGAAAAAUGAUUUAUUAGAUCAACAAGUCAUGCUUCAAGGGAAAUGGUUUCAAAGGAAGGAUUUGGAGGUUGUAAAUAUUCGGGGAGAUCUUCUUCAAUGUAGCCAUUACCUGCCCAUUGUCCGACCUGAAGGAAAACCUUUACCCUGUGUAAUAUACUGCCAUGGAAACAGUGGGUGCAGGGCAGAUGCCAGUGAAGCUGCUAUAAUAUUAUUGCCUUCUAACAUUACUGUUUUCACCCUUGAUUUCUCUGGAUCUGGACUCUCUGGAGGGGAGCAUGUCACUCUGGGUUGGAAUGAAAAGGAUGAUCUGAGAGCUGUGGUUGAUUACUUGCGGGCAGAUGGAAAUGUUUCUACCAUUGGGUUGUGGGGUCGUUCAAUGGGCGCUGUGACUAGUUUAAUGUAUGGAGCUGAGGAUCCUUCAAUCGCAGGAAUGGUUCUUGACAGCCCUUUCUCUGAUUUACUAGAUUUGAUGAUGGAACUUGUGGAUACCUACAAAAUACGUCUUCCCAAAUUCACUGUGAAGGUUGCUAUCCAAUUCAUGCGAAGAUCUAUUCAGAAGAAGGCAAAAUUUGAUAUAAUGGAUUUGAACACCAUCAAGGUGGCCAAAUCCUGCUUCGUUCCUGUUUUGUUUGGGCAUGCCGUUGAUGAUGACUUCAUACAACCUCAUCAUUCUGAUUGUAUAUUUGACGCUUAUGAGGGGGACAAGAAUAUCAUAAAAUUUGAAGGCGAUCACAAUUCUCCGCGGCCCCAAUUCUAUUUUGAUUCUAUUAGCAUCUUUUUUAACAAUGUUUUACAACCUCCAGAGGAUGAAAUUAGGGAACCUUUAUUUGAUCCAUCCCAUAAUUAUUUUGGCAAGGGUGGUUGGAGUACUAUCCAUGAAUUGAGAUAUGCAGACGAGAUUUUGGCUGCAUCCAGAGGUCCAGCAGCAAGUAGCACCGAAGAUGCCCUUAAGCAACUUCGCUCUAAAAGACCUAUGAGUAGAAUGGAGGUCCCUUCUAAUGUUACAUCUAAAGAUGAGCAAACUGAGGCCCAGGAAGAAGAAACUGGGGCUGAGCAUAUCCCAUCAUCUUCCAAAAUGAUUAGCUUUGAACUCUCAAAUGGUCACCCUCACGGCCCUCAUGUUCCUACAUCAUUAGAUGACGAUGAUUAUGUGGAGUACACACUUGAUAACUUGGCAGAUGUCCCAUGCAAUGAGGAGGAAGAGGAAAGGAUGCUCUUGGAAGCAGUGAUGGAAUCACUAAAAGACUUGGAGAUGGGGCACCCUCAUAUUGAUGAAUCACAAUCCACUAUUGGCACUGAUCCCCCCGAGCCUUCACAUAAAGAUGACACAAAGGAUUCUUCCCCUACCAAGGAACAUUUGCCCUUGAAGACAGAAUCCACCUCCUCCCCAACCUUGGCAAUCAACGGCCAUGAUUUGGUGUCCCAACACCCACCUCAAUCUGCCUCUUGAGUUCAGCAUAUCAUCGAGGGAACCUCCCUCAAACACUGCUCCAUCCACUAGAGAAUCUGGAACUGCCGGGGCUCCAAUUCAUAGUGAUUACUUCAGUUUGCAACCAAAGCUCAUCUGAUUUUGACAUUGACAAUCGCACAAAAGCCAAAAGAACCCUAUGAGCAGUAUCGUGGAUGGCUUGUUUCGUUGUUGGGAUCUUAACUUCUUUCGGA